UACCAUUUCUCAUCUGGAAGAAUACCCCAGCUUGUUGAUUCUACGAGAUCCCACCCCGCGGUUGAGGCCCAGGGCUUUCCGUAUGCACAAACAAGCUGCAGCCUCUUGCGUCUGUGUGGCCACUCACAACAGCCUGCCGGAAACCACCUCCUGCGUGCUGGGACUAGUGGGGUUGACGCUAACCUCUUCUCAUAGGGAGGCCUACCCAAUUACAAAGAGUUCACGAGGGUGUAACGCGACAGGCAGUAUUUUGCAUUGCAUGCUACAAACAAUAGCCAGCGAGCUCAACCCUGGAGAUCGAGGAUCGAGUCCCUGGUUAACAGCAGAGCUAGCCGCAUUCGACCCUGGAAGCCUGCUAGCCAAUUUGGCAUUGAUCAGCAGGGGUCUGCGCAGGGAUCGGGCGAGGGAGGGCGACCACCGUAGACUCAGACAUCGUCGAGAAUGCCCAUCAAGUCGCCGCCCACAUUAGCUCUGUGGCAUAUGCCUCUCGCGGUUUCUUUGUCUGAAGUCUGGCGCGUCGAAAGCACGACCACAUAGGCGGUUCCAGACUCGCGAGACUGCCGCCGUCAACCACGGUAUGGGACGACAAUUAGCUUUGG